AUGAAUCAAAAGAUUCACUACGCCACUAACAUCCAUUCACGUGAGGGCGCUGUGUUUUUACUCGCACGUCUCUUCACUGUAGUGCUGCGCUUGUUGAGAGCGGAUUGUAAACACACGGCUAUGGCUGCUGAGAGGGGCGGAGGCGACAACAACGUUAACGACGAAAUGGGGAACCAGCUGCAGCUCCUGCCAGAAAAUGAAGAAGAAGAAGAAGAGGAUGUCAUGGAGACUGAGGAUCGAGAUGGUGAGGAUGCAGAAAAGCCAAGCAUUAUAAACUUUGACACCAGUCUGCCAACUUCACAUGCUUAUCUGGGCUCAGACAUGGAGGAGUUUCACGGCCGUACCCUGCAUGACGAGGACAGUGUGCAGAAUCUGCCGGUUCUUCCCCACGUCGCUCUCAUUCUGAUCCCAGGUCAGACGCUACCCUUGCAGCUUUUUCGACCACAGGAGGUCAGCAUGUUCCGCAACCUCAUAAGCCAAGACCGCACGUUUGCCGUGCUUGCACACAGUCCUGAUGCGAGUGGAGUGGAGAUAAAGGCAGAGUUUGGGACGACGGCUGAGAUCUACGCAUUUCGUGAGGAGCAGGAGUAUGGCAUAGAGACAGUGAAGAUCAAAGCUAUUGGACGGCAACGCUUCAGAGUGCAUGAUAUACGCACACAAGCAGAUGGGAUUCGUCAGGCAAAAGUACAGAUUUUACCGGAAAGGAUUCUGCCAGACCCUUUAUGUGCACUGCAAUUCCUGCCCCGCUUGCAUACACAAACUCCACAGACCAAACACUCACAAACAACACCACAGCAGGACCGGUGCAGCCAGACCUAUAGACAGAAGAAGCUCCAUUGUGCUGGUAUGACUUCAUGGCCUCCCUGGGUUUAUGCACUCUAUGACUCUAAAACUCUCAUGAGCAGAGUAAAGAAACAACUCCAUGAAUGGGAUGAAAACCUCAAAGACGAGUCCCUGCCUACAAAUCCUACUGAUUUCUCAUACAGGGUGGCCGCAUGUCUACCAAUAGAUGAUGCUCUACGACUGCAGCUACUGAAGAUUGGCAGUGCCAUCCAGAGACUGCGCUGUGAAUUGGACAUCAUGGACAGGUGCACCUCUCUCUGCUGUAAACAGUGUCAGGAUACAGAGAUAACCAGCAAGAAUGAGAUCUUCAGUCUGUCUCUGUAUGGGCCAAUGGCAGCAUAUGUGAACCCACAUGGUUAUGUUCAUGAGACACUUACGGUCUACAAGGCCAACAACCUCAACUUGAUUGGACGGCCUUCCACACUUCAUAGUUGGUUUCCAGGGUAUGCGUGGACAAUUGCUCAGUGCAGAACCUGUGGCUCUCAUAUGGGCUGGAAGUUCUCAGCAGUAAAAAAGGAUCUGUGUCCACCUCGUUUCUGGGGUUUGACUCGUUCUGCCCUGUUACCGACAAUCCCACAAGGCGAUGAAGGUGUUAAUGGGUCACGCUUGCUGUGCCUGUGAUGUGAUCUGAGGAUUACUUGUGACCUUUAACCCUACAGCCCAUAAGCAUAUGCUCCCCAAGGGGUCUCCUCUAUCACCCCAAAAAUAUGAGACUCCAAAACCUCAUCCAGAGAGAGAGAGAGAGAGAGAAAGCAAGUGUGUUUGUGAGUUUAUAUGUGUAGAUGUGUGCAUGAACAGGGAGAGGAAAGAAAAAGGGGACAGUGAAGCAUAAGAUACAGAACAACAGAAUGCAAGUUGUUGCCUUCACACACCUUGUGCUGUGUAAAUUACAGCCUGAUACGUGCAAUAUCAUACCAGAUGAGCUCUUUAAGAUUACAGUCUGUUGUAAUGCACUUAAUUUACCGUCUAAGCAGUCUUUUCUUCAUUAUUACUGACUAGGUGACAGUUAUUGAUGCUCUUUAAAGGGAUAGUUCACCCAAAAAUAAAAAAAUAAUCUGUCAUUUACUCACCCUCAAGUUGUUCCAAGCCUGUGUAAAUUUCUUUGUUCUGCUGAACACAAAGGAAGAACUUUGGAAAAAUGUUUGUAACCAAGCAGAUCUCGCCCCCAUUGACUACCAUAGUAGGAAAUAAAAAAUACUAUGGUAGUCAAUGGGGGGCGAGAUCUGCUUGGUUACAAACCUUCUUCAAAAUAUCUUCCUUUGUGUACAGCAGAACAAAGGUAUACAGGUUUGGAACAACUUGAGGGUGAGUAAAUGACAGAAUUUUUAUUUUUGGGUGAACUAUCCCUUUAAGCAAGAUCUUGCUUGGGUGUUUAUGAAAUAAGUACUGUGUUAAAAUAGGGACAAAUCUCUAACACCAAAGUGUGAUGAUCUCAUUUAGUCCGACAAAAAGUCUUUCAUGCUCACAUUUAGUGACAUAAUCAAUUAUCAUGUAGAAUACCUCAAACAAUUAAAUGCUUCUUCAAAACAAGAUCUAAACUGCUUAAAAUUAAAUCAUUCUUCACAUGCUAUCUCUCAUGUGCUUGCUUCGGGUACUUGGCACACAACUCCUGGCAAAAAUUGGCAGAUGUUAAAUAAUAAAGGAAAUAUCAGGGAGGUACCGUUUAUGUUACUUACACUUCAUAUCAAGAGUAAUUCCCAAAAACUUUUUUGUAUUUAAUCAGUUUCUCUGUUUUGCUUUUUCCUUUGUCAUUUGUUUAUUUGGCUACCAUUUAAUUAAAUGAUGAUAUGAUGUAUAUAAGUUGAGUUGAGAGCCAAAAACAGAUGUGUGUAUCCAGAAUGGAAGUAGCGUGCGACAAACUACAGUCUGCACUGAGAAACUUUCUAAAAAUAUAAAGAUUCUGUUCACAUGUUCAUUAAAUGGAGUGCAAAAUACACACUUUAUACAGAAAAUCAGCCAACACACAUUCUCCACUAGUUAGAUACAAAAACACACUGACUUGCAUAUCUGUAAUGUUCAAGAGAUAAAAUACUGUUCAGUACUAAUGAAUUCUCGUCAAUAAACCACUUCUGAAAAGUCA